GGAAGUGGUUGUUGGUCGCUGCAGGGCAACACCCCGGCGUCCCUGGAAGCGGGGAGCCGGGGUGGUGCUGGGGAAGCUGCGCAGAGCUGGGAGCGUUGGCCCAGUGCCUCCCGGGGCGGGGGGCAGGUGUUCGAGCCCAAACCAGUCAUGGCCGGAAGACCCAUCCGCAUAGGAGACCAGCUGGUUCUAGAGGAAGAUUAUGAUGAGACGUACAUCCCCAGUGAGCAAGAAAUUCUUGAGUUCGCCAGAGAGAUUGGUAUCGACCCCGUCAAAGAGCCGGAACUGAUGUGGCUGGCGAGGGAGGGCAUUGUGGCCCCGCUGCCUGUGGAGUGGAAGCCCUGCCAGGACAUCACAGGUGAUAUUUACUAUUUCAACUUUGCCAAUGGGCAGUCCACGUGGGACCAUCCGUGUGACGAGCACUAUCGGAACUUGGUUAUCCAAGAGCGGGGGAAGCUGUCAGCUCCUGGAGCCAUUAAGAAGAAAGACAAGAAAAAGAAAAAGGAAAAGAAAGACAAGAAGGACAAAGAGAACCCCAAAAGUCCGCUGGCCCUGGGCUCCCCAUUAGCCCCAGUCCAUGUCCCUCCCGGGGGCCUGGCUCCCUUGAGAGGCCUUGUGGAUGCCCCCGCCUCCGCUCUUCGUGGAUCGCAAAACCUGAGCUUGGGGAGCUCGGCAGAGUCUGGUCAGCUCGGAGAACUCACGCUGCCUUCACAGGGUCUCAAGACUUCUGCUUAUACGAAGGGUCUCUUGGGCUCCAUCCAUGAGGACAAGAAUGCUCUCAGCCUCUUGGCUUUAGGGGAGGAGACCAAUGCAGAGGAUGAGGUGGAGAGCGACAACCAGAGUGUUCGCAGUUCAAGUGAGCUUUUUAAGAACCUGCACCUGGACAUUGGGGCGCUGGGGGGUGACUUUGAGUAUGAGGAGUGUCCGAGAACAAGCCAGCCAGAGGAGAGGAAGGACGCUUCUCUGUAUUCUGAUGCUGCCGGGCCCCCCACUCCCGGCAAGCUCGUCAGCCAGGGAGCAGAUGGCGGUCUGAGCAGCGCUGAUGGCAGAGAGCAGCAGGGAAGAGGGGCGAGUGCUCGGCUCCCGGCAAAAGGAACGGAUGAGAAGAGUGAUCCUGGGAUGUCCGGGAUUGAGGUGGACCCUGGGGGCGGUCAGCCUGCCCAAGCCACCAAAAAGGAGGCACCAGAAGACUCAUUGGAUGCAGGAGAAGAGGGCUCCAGGAGGGGAGAGGCCCAGGUGGUGGAGGAGAAGGAGCCCAAGGAGGAGACUUCGGUCCCCAAAGAGAGCAGAUCAGACCGGAGCCAGGAUUCGGACAUUAGUGAACACGUGAAAGAGCUGCAGCUCUCGGACUCUACUGCGUCUGACCCCAAGUCCUUCCCAGGCCUGGACUUUGGUUUUCGCGGCCGGAUCUCGGCGCACCUGCUGGAUGUCAACGUGCUUUCCCCAGUCCUGGAUGGAGCCCACUGGGAGGCCCAGAGGUUGGGAAGAGAAGACAAGGAUGGCAGCCAGUCCAGCCAAGAUGAGCAGCAGAGCAAGCCGUCCAGAGGCUUGGAGAGGACUUACUCAGCUGCCCUGGCUGGUCUGACCAGGUUGUCUCCUCCACUGGUGCCUGGGAGGUGGCACCAGAGUCCCCUUCACAGCCAGGCCACCGAAGAAGGGCCUCUGCAGGCCUCUGAGGGGCAGCUCAACCAGGAGCAGGCAGAGGAGCCUGGGGACUCUGCAGGCAGCCCCGUCCUUCCCGGUUCCCUGCAGAGGGAGGAGACCCCAAGCCCACCUGCCAACAAUGAGAGAGGCAGGGAGCAGCUCUCCUGGGCCACGGAGCUGGGCCUUGAGCAGGAAGAGGCCAAGGAGCCUGAGGAGAAGGUGGCGGCCAGCCCUGCCCCACCAGUCUUCCCAGAGACAGAGAGGAGGGCAUGCCAUGCCGUGCUAGGCCACAUGGGGAAGGAGCAGGGUAUGCCAGGAGGCAGAAGAGGCGAGAAGGGAGACCAUGGCCCAGAGCCCUUAUUGGGGUUUCCAUGGGAAGGAAUGGGCGAGUCAGGGCGAUCUGCGGAGCCUGCAGCUCCCCCAAAGCAGGCUUCACUGAAGGCCAUGGAAGAGGCUGUGGCCCAGGAACUGGAGCGAGACCGGAGGCGGCUCCUGGAAUCGAAGCAGGAGAAGAUGCAGCAGCUGCGGGAGAAGCUGUGGCAAGAGGAGGAGGAGGAGAUGCUCCAGCUGCAGCAGCAGAAAGAGAAGUCUCUCAGUUCCCUGAAGGAGCAGCUGCGGAAAGCCACUGAGGAGGAAGAGACUCAGAUGAGAGAGGAGGAGAGCCGGAGGCUGUCCCAGCUCCGGGCCCAGGUGCGGUCCAGCACCGCAGCAGACGAGGGCCGCAUCAGGGCCGAGCGGGAGGCUUCCCUGCAGAGGCUGAGAGAAGAGCUGGAGUCUCUCCAGAAGGCCGAGAGGGCCAGCUUGGAACGGCGGAGCAGACAGAUGCUGGAGCAGCUCAGGGAAGAGAUGGAGGCCUCAGAGAAGAGAGAGCAGGCUGCUCUGAAUGCCAAGAAGGAGGCGGCUUUGCAGCAGCUCAGGGAGCGGCUGGAGCAGGAGAGGAAAGACGCAGCGGCAGCAUUGGAGAGGGAGCACAGGGCCGAGCUGGAGCGGCUCUCUUCCUCGCUGGAGGCCAAGCACAGGGAGGUUGUCUCCAGCCUGCAGAGGAAGAUGGAGGAAGCCCAGCAGAAAGAGGUGGUCCAGGUGCAGGAGAGCCUCGGUUGGGCGGAGCAGAGGGCUCAGCAGAGGGCUCACCACGUGCUCGAAUACGAGCAAGAGCUCAGCGGCCUCCUGCGAGAGAAGCGCCAGGAGGUGGAGAGGGAACACGAGAGGAAGAUGGACAGGAUGAAGGAGGAGCACCAGCAGGUGGUGGCUGAAGCCCGAGAGCAGUACGAGGCUGAGGAGAGGAAGCAGCGGGCUGAACUGCUGGGCCACCUGACCGGGGAGCUGGAGCGCCUGCGCAGGUCCCACGAGCGAGAACUGGAGUCCGUGAGGCAGAUGCAGGACAGGCAGCUUGAGGACUUGCGGCGUCGGCACCGGCAGCAGGAAAGGAAACUCCAGGAUUUAGAGGUGGAACUUGAAACCAGAACCAAAGAGGUCAAGGCCAAAUUGGCUCACCUGGGCCUCCAGGAGGAGACGGCCCGAAAGGAGCAGCAGCAGCUCCUCGACGCACAGAGGCAGGCUGCGCUGGCGAGCGAGGAGGUCACAGCCAGCUACCAGCACUUGGAGGAGGCAAAGAAGGAGCACACGAACCUGUUGGAGUCCAGCCGACAGCUCCGAAGACUCCUGGAUGAGUUACGGGCCCGCAGGGCGGAGCUGGAGUCCCAGGUGGACGCGCUGCAGGCCCAGAGUCGGAGGCUGCAGAAGCACAUCAGCGACCUGGAGGCUGAAGCUCAGAGGAAGCAGGACACGUUGAAAGAGCUGGAAGCUAAGGAGAGCAGCGCUGCCCCACGUUUUGAGCCAGACCUCCACAUUGAGGACCUGAGGAAGUCCCUUGGGACCAACCAGACCAAAGAGGUACCCUCUUUUCUCUCCCAGAGCAAGGAGGAGACCGACUUGUCCUUGGACAGCGUCCGGCACUACCUCUCUGCCGAGGGAAUGGCUCUCCGCAGUGCCAAGGAGUUCCUGGUACGGCAGACGCGCUCCAUGCGGCGGCGGCAGUCGGCUCUGAAGGCCGCGCAGCAGCACUGGCGCCGGGAGCUGGCCCGUGCUCCAGAGGCCACCAAGGACCCCCUGGGCACCAAGGCCCUGGAGGACGCACGCCAGGACCUGGAGGAGGAGACCAGGCACCUGGAUGAGAUGAAGUCAGCCAUGCGGAAGGGCCACGACCUGCUGAAGAAGAAGGAGGAGAAGCUGAAUCAGCUGGAGUCCUCUCUCCGGGAGGAGGCUUUAGAUGAGGACACUCGGCGCCAGACCCCCAAGAAGGGGGUGACGUUUGACCUCAGCGACACGGACGACGUGAGCAGUGCAAGCUCCGAAUCCUGCCCCCUGCCUCCUCAUGAGUGGCAAUGUCGGCAGGGGGAGGACCAUGUCAACCUGACUGCAAGUGCCACGUUGCCCUACAAGUUCCACUACCUGAGCAGCAGCCUUCAGCGGAUCAGCAGCCAGCUGAACGGCGUCCUCAGCAUGCUGGGUGGUCUCAACCUCCAGCCGCCGCCGCCGUUCUUCACUUCCACGCCAGUGCCUGCCCCGCCCCGGAACCCCAGGAGUACCCCCGUACCCGCCUGCCCCUCCCUGGCCCGGGUCUCGGCCUGGCCGCCAGUGGAGCCCACAACCACCCAGUGGGCCUGGGACCCCGGGCUGGGCCCCACGCUCUCCUCCUCCGUGGCUCAAUCAGUGGACGACUUCCUGCUGGAGAAGUGGCGCAAGUAUUUCCCAACUGGAGUACCAUUCCUCAGCAGUAGCCCCGCGCCCCUGGAGAACAGGCUGGGUUACGUGUCUGCCAGCGAGCAGCUGCGUCUCCUGCAGCGGGCCCAUUCCCGUGGCUCCGGCCUCGAGGUGGGCGGCACAGACUUCCAGAGCAUGAUGGAGGCUAACCGAAAGUGGCUAGAACAUUACAGGAAUGACCCCAAGUUACAUCUCUUCUCUUCGGUGCCCAAGCCCGCAGCUACCUCAGGCCUUCUGCAUCUGGGCCUGGAUGAGGACAACAGACUGAGGGUGUAUCAUUACUAAGGCCCCGAGCCCCUCCCGCACCCCGACCAAGUGCCUGUGGAGCCGCCCGUGCUCUGGACCCAACACAGCAUUCUCCUGCCCUGUUUGCUGCCUGCCCCGCUCGGAGGAACCCGGGGCUGCGCUGGAAACCAUGAGCUGCCCCCCACCCCCUGAGACCACGUA